UCUCGUCCUGCCAGCCUAUCCCAACCUGACAAUGUCCUCGCAAGACAACCGCUGCAAAUGGAGGAAGAGCUAACGACAACCCUCACCCUGGUCGGCCUCUUCGGCGGCCUGUCCAUCCUGCUCAUGGGUCUGCGCCUGUUCAUGCGCAAGUACCGCAACCAGGACUUCAUCCUCAGCGACUACCUGACCAUGCUCUGCAUUGUCUUCAUCCUCGCCCGGUCCGCGCUGACCACCGUCGUCCUGCUGUGGGGGAACAACAACAUGGACCGUCCUGCGCCGGAUCUCUCGGAGCUGGAGAUCUACCGCCGCACGGUGGGGAGCCAGAUGACGCUUGCGAACCGCGCGAUAUACAAUACCUACCUGUGGGUCCAGAAAGGCGUCGUCCUGCUGCUCUGCGGACGCGUGCUCACCGGCCUCCCAGAACCCGAGAUGGUCGUCAAGAUCUACUGGUUCGUGCUCUUGGGCAGUCUCGUUGCUGUCCAGGGAACGACCUUUGGCGAGUGUCGCCCUGCGCGCCUGUACUGGCAGGUUGUUCCUGACCCUGGAGACUGCGUCAAAGCAAACACCCAGCUCGUCACCCUCGUCGCAUUGAAUAUCACCACGGACGCAAUGCUGAUUCUCCUCCCUAUGCCCUGGCUCGUCCGCGUGCGCAAAUCAUGGUGGAAGCGCCUCCAAUACAUCGCCCUCUUCUCCAUCGGCCUGCUUCUCAUAGCCAUCGCCAUCGUGCGCCUACCCUACUACACCUCCAGCACGGCCCAAGUGAACCGCAACACCUGGGGCUCGGUGGAGGAAUUCUUCGCCGCGUUCGUCGCCAAUGUCCCGACACUAUUUACCCUGCGCAAGGACCCGUAUAAGGAGAGGGAGGCGGAGGCGGCGGCGUCGACGUCUUCGGCUCGUGCGAGGCCGCGCUUCACGCCGAAUCAGUUCCACGAUACGGAUUUGUUUGAGACGAAUGUGCCGCUGGGGACUGUUACUGUUGUGGAGGGGGAUGGAGGGGAAAAUGGGCGGGGGAGAGGCAGGUCGAGGGGUCGGUCGAGGGGGGAUUCGGCGUUGAAGGCUCAGGCCAGUGAGGAGAAUUUGAUUCCAGAGGGGAAGUUUGAUGUUAGAGGUCGAUGA